UUUUAAGAGUUGCUACAAAAAACAUUUAAAAUAAAUAAAUUCUAGUUUGAUCUAAAACAGUGUAUUAAGUAUGAAUGAUCAUGGCACAGAGCGUGAAUCGGAAAAGGAUGACGAUGGAGAGGUCUUGCCGCGCUUUAAAGGCUUGCCAAACAUAACCGAAGGUGUGGAGAAUAUAUAUGACCAUUUGCUACAACGACAUAAAUAUCACUAUCCCGAAGAUGGCUCACACAUGGCUUGGAUCGCGCCAAAAAUAAUUGUACUGUUCGCAACAGGCAAUGUCAACAAGGUUGUUGAUGCUGUCGUUAAAGACUUAAAGCAUCCGAUAGGUGCAAAUCUUAUAGCUAGUGUUCUGGUACAGGAGCCCAUCCGUCAGAAGUUUAUCAAAAAGCUACGUAUGCGCAUGGAGACCAUGGACGAGCGCAUUGCCAACCAUCCUAAUUUCUUGCACACUCUAAAGAUGAUAAAGCGCAUGAAGUGCCAAACUGUGCAUAUGGAGGAGUUUGAUAUUGCGGACAAGCAAAAGAAGUAUGGCAGAAUGACGCCCAAGUCUCCUAUUAUUGUAUUGGGUUUCCCUCAAAUUUACUUGGGGGAUAAGCCUACGGGCGUUAUAACGUUGAGCUCAUUUCGUACUCUUAAUGAAUCUGUCCAAUUGGUCGAAAGAGAGCGUCUAGAUUUCGGUACCAUAUCUAUAUGGAGUUGUAAAUUGGCAGAAGGAUAUGAUAUGAUCUCAGGAGUGCCCAGAUUAAAUAAUUUUCGUUUUAAUUGUAUUAAUGUACCAUUCAAGGAUGAUUUUUCAGCAUGGAUCAGAAACAGUGUUCAUUAUGAAGAACUUACAGUACUUGGGAAAAUGAAAACCAUCGCCUUCCCCAUAAGCUCACCUGUCUUCGCCUCCUAAAUUUAGUGUUCGUUUAGUAUUAAUUAUAAAUUACAGUGUAUAGCCAUAGCAAUAAAAUAAUAUUCUAUUAUCU